AUGGACAACUCCUCAAACGUCCACCUGCCCGAUUCCAGAAUGACCUCCAAGGAGGAGACUGAGAGGGGAGCCGUGGUUCCUCCCAGGAGUCACCGGCAAAGGCCGUCGAAGGCAGGCCGGGCCCCAGAGGGAAGGAAAGAGAAGCCUCGGAAAGAGAAGCCAAAGACAAACGACGUGAAGGCCGAACAGGAGGUGGAGGUGAAGUUGAAAUCAACUGUGGUGGACAUAGACAGAGUGAGGGAUGAUGAGGUCAAGGAGGAGAACAUGGUGCUCCUGGAGGCAGCAGAGCAGGAAGAUGGUUUGAGGCGCAUGGACCUGGGAGUGUUUGAGUGGCUGCUGAUGGCCCUCGCAUUGGCUCUGGUUCUCCUCUUCCUCCCUCUGUCCAUUUGGUUCUGUUUCAAAGUAGUUAGAGAGCACGAGAGGGCUGUGAUCUUCAGACUCGGCCACCUACUGCGUGAAAGACCCAGAGGCCCAGGUCUUCUUUUCUAUCUCCCUCUCCUUGAUGUUUGUCACAAGGUUGACAUCCGACUGAAGAUGCUGAAGGUUCCUCAUCACACGGUGGUGACAAAGGACUUGGUGAGGCCAGAGCUGAGCGCCGUGUGUUAUUACCAGAUCGAGAACGUGGCUCUGUGCUGCACGGCCCUGUCCAGUCUGACCACGGUUCUGCAGACUCUGGUCCAGGCAGCAGUCAGAGACGUUCUCGCCCAACACACUUUCAGCCACAUCCUACAGCACAGGAGGAGGAUCGCUCAGCAGAUACAAGCUGCUGUUGACUCUGUCGCCUGUCGCUGGGGCAUCCGAGUGGAGAGAGCAGACAUAGACGAGCUCAGUUUUCCUGUGGAGUUACAACAGAGUCUGGCUGCUGAGGCCGAGGCCAAGAGACAACAACAGGCCAGAGUAAAAGCAACAGAAGUGGAAUCAGCUGCCUGGGAGGGGUUCAGGGCCUCCUUCCGUCACCUCCAUCCAGCCCUGGUCCUUCCAUUCCCCCCAGAUCUCCUCAGUGUGACCUCUGACUCCUCAUCUCUACCUCCUCCUCCGCCUCCUCCUGCUGUGGAGGAAGAAGGGACAAUGACAGAGGGGGAGCGGGAAACAGACUCACCAAUGAUGUGA